CCUUUUCAAAUUUAUUUCCUGCAUUAUAAAAAUAGGCCAUUGGUAAAUUGGAUUAGUUCUCUUCUGAAUUACGCGUUGCCUGUAAGCCAUUGAAAUCCAGAGAGCCAGAGAUCGUCUUCCCCAAACUGCUGUGUAACGAUGGUUGCUCCACAGAAGGAUUCUAGAGAGGAAGUUCUUCAAGCAUGGUACAUGGAUGACAGUGAAGAAGACCAAAGACUUCCUCAUCAUCGGGAACCCAAGGAAUUUGUAUCUUUGGACCAACUUGCUGAGCUUGGAGUGCUAAGCUGGAGACUUGAUGCUGAUAACUAUGAAACAGACAAGGAGCUGAAGAAGAUUCGUUCAGACCGUGGAUACUCCUACACGGAUUUUUGCGAAGUUUGCCCAGAGAAGCUGCCAAAUUACGAAGAAAAGAUAAAAAAUUUCUUUGAGGAACACCUUCACACUGAUGAAGAGAUCCGCUACUGUGUGGCAGGAAGUGGUUAUUUUGAUGUGAGAGAUCGUGAUGAACGCUGGAUCCGUGUAUGGGUGAAGAAAGGUGGAAUGAUUGUUUUGCCUGCUGGAAUUUAUCACCGAUUUACUUUGGACACAAACAACUAUAUUAAGGCAAUGCGGCUUUUUGUUGGAGACCCAAUUUGGACUCCAUUCAAUCGCCCCCACGACCAUCUUCCAGCUCGGAAGGAGUAUGUUAAAUCUUUUGUGGAAAAGGAUGUCGGUAGUGGUGGUAAUGCUAUUAAUGCUGCAGCUUGAAAUCUUCCCCCCCCCCCGGUGUGUGGAAUAUAAAUAAUGCCCAAGCUUGUAUGGUUGUAUGGCUAUUUUGGCUUGACUUAUGUAUCUAUCCAUUAUGAAAUUUCAUCAAAAGAACCCCCAAAUCCCAUUAACUUAUUAAAAUCUGUUGCUGCAGAAAUAAAAAAAAUAAAUGGAGCAAAUUUAACGAAAGAAUUUUCUAGGUUAAGUCGCAGACUUUAGUUGUUUUUUAUAAGAUAUUUUGUGGCUCUGCCCAAAUUGUGCAAGUCAGGCUAUCAACUACGCUAUUCACAGGAUAAAACAGCUCAGAUAGCCUCUGUCUUAGUAUCCUCCUGCAUUGAAGAACACUGUUCUACGUACUCUAUAUCUGCUUGAAAAAGCUCAGAAAUAAUGUUUGUUUUUUAAAAUUAAGAAAAAUGUUCUCUCA